AUGGCCUCGCUCCUCCAGCGCCUCAUGCGCCCCUUCUCCUCCUCCACCAUGCACUUCAACCCCGAGACCAGCGGCGCCAGCACCAUGACCAUCCCAGAAGGCGCGCAGAAAGCCACCCUCGCCGCGGGAUGUUUCUGGGGCAUCGAACACAUGUACCGACACGAUUUUGGCGGAAAGGGACUAUUGGAUGCGAGAGUGGGGUAUAUUGGCGGCGAUUCGAAGAAUCCGAGUUAUAGGGCUGUUUGUUCGGGAAGGACGGGGCACGCCGAAGCCUGCCAAAUCGUCUUCGACCCGACCCAAGUCUCGUACCGCACGCUCCUCGAAUACUUCUACCGCAUGCACGACCCGACGACGUCGAACCGGCAGGGCCCGGACGUCGGGUCGCAGUACCGCUCGGGGAUUUUCUACCACGACGACGAGCAGAAGGCGAUUGCGGAGGAGGUGACGAAGAAGGCGAACGAGCAGUGGUGGAAGGGCGGGGUUGUGACGGAGAUUUUGCCGGCGGCGGAGUGGUGGGAUGCGGAGAAGUAUCAUCAGUUGUAUUUGCAGAAUAAUCCGGGGGGCUAUGAGUGUCCGAGCCAUUUCUUGAGGAAGUUCCCGCCGCUGCAGUGA